CUGCGUGCGCAGGGAGGACGGCGGCGGCGGGCCGGGCCCAGCCCAGCCCAGCCGAGCGGGGCGGGCUCUGCGUCUAUCCGCCGCACGCGGAGGACGGACCCCGGUGGGUGGGGCGGGACCUGGAGCCCACAGGAGGCGGGCGCUGCCGAGCCCCACUGCCGGAGCAGCGGCCUCAGGCGCAGCCGGGGAGCGGAGCCUGUGCCACGGGGACCCCAGCGCCGGGCGGCAGGGAGCGAGGAGGCCGAGAGAGGGGGGCGGCAGGAGCAGCCCCGCGCCAUCUCCCUGGUGUGCACCAGCCGGUUCCUCUGCCCCGGUGACGGCUGCGCCCCGGGGCCUGCGCCGCCCCCUUGCCCGGUGUCUCCCACCCCCAGGGCCGCUGGCUUCCCGCGGAGACCCGCUGCUCCCGGCGGGGCGCUGUGGGAGGGGCGUCGGGCCCUUCGGCUCCCUCCUGGGUCAGGUGGCUUAAAAACGGUGCCAUGCAAAGUGGGGAGUCGGCCUCGGCCGCAGCCAUGAGGGUGUCCGAGAGCGAAGCGAAGCUGGAAAUCCCGCUCCCGGCCCAGAACAGCGGCAGGAGCCCCGGCAGCCGAGGCGGCGGCGGCAGCACCAAGGGCUGGCAAUACAGUGAUCACAUGGAAAAUAUUUCUGGCUAUUUAAUGAAAUAUACCAAUCUCGUCACUGGCUGGCAAUAUCGAUUUUUUGUUUUAAACAAUGAAGCUGGCCUACUGGAGUACUUUGUGAAUGAACAGUCUAGAAAUCAAAAGCCCAGAGGCACCUUGCAGCUAGCUGGAGCUGUAAUUUCACCCAGCGAUGAAGACUCUCAUACCUUCACCGUUAAUGCUGCCAGUGGAGAGCAGUACAAACUAAGAGCCACCGAUGCUAAAGAGCGGCAGCAUUGGGUUAGCAGACUCCAGAUAUGCACGCAGCAUCACACGGAAGCAAUUGGAAAGAACAAUCCUCCACUGAAAUCUCGCAGCUUCUCUCUUGCAUCCCAAGGAAGUGGCAACUCUCCUGGUGUUCAGAGGAGACCCAGCCAAAAUCCAGUUUCUUUUUUUAGUGUUGGACAUCACAAGUUGCCAGCAGGAAAGAGAGUUCCUAUUCUGCAGCCAGACCACCUAGUAGAUGUUAGAGAGAUGAUGUCUCAGGCUGAGGGACAGCAGAGAGACUUGAUCAGAAACAUAGAAUGCCUUCCUGCCUCCGGUCACCUUACAUCAUUGGAUCCAGACCUGUUAAUGCUAAAAGCAACUUCCAUGGCAACUAUGAACUGCUUAAAUGACUGCUUCCAUAUUCUCCAACUACAACAUGCAUCACAGCAAAAGGGAUCCUUACCAGCAGGGACAACGAUCAGUUGGUUGGAACCAAAGAUUUCUUUGUCAAAUCAUUUCAAAAAUGGAGCAGCUCAAGAUUUUUCAUCAGAGCCAAACAAGCCAGCAUCUGUCAUAGAGGAGCAGUCUAUGCCAGAGCCCUGCCAUCUAACAAGGGAACCUGAAGAAAUAAACCCAGAUGAGGAGCUGGAGGAUACAUGUGUUAACAAAGAGGAUGACCUCGGAGCAGUGGAAGAACAGCGCAGUGUUAUCUUACAUCUCUUGUCUCAGCUGAAACUUGGCAUGGAUUUAACAAGAGUGGUUCUUCCCACUUUUAUUUUAGAGAAACGUUCUUUGCUGGAGAUGUAUGCAGACUUCAUGUCUCACCCGGACCUCUUCAUUGCAAUCACAAAUGGAGCUACCCCAGAGGAGAGGAUGAUCCGCUUUGUUGAAUAUUAUCUCACUUCAUUUCACGAAGGUCGCAAAGGAGCAAUUGCUAAGAAACCGUACAAUCCAAUCAUCGGAGAAACGUUUCACUGCUCUUGGAGGAUGGCUAAGGGUGAAGUAGCCUCUGACUCAAAUAGUAACUCUUCAUCCCACUCCCUCUCAGAGCAAGCCACUCUUUCACAAGAGCCAGAGGGCCAAGUGGAGUCAGACUACUAUACAGUCAGAUUUGUAGCUGAGCAAGUGUCCCAUCAUCCUCCCGUCUCAGGGUUUUAUGCUGAAUGUGUAGAGAAGAAGAUGUGUGUAAAUGCUCAUGUCUGGACAAAAAGUAAAUUCUUGGGAAUGUCAAUAGGAGUAACAAUGGUUGGUGAAGGACUCUUAAGUCUUUUGGAAUAUGGAGAGGAAUACACGUUUUCUCUACCUUGCGCAUAUGCUCGAUCAAUUUUAACUGUUCCUUGGGUAGAAUUGGGAGGAAAGGUCAAUGUUAAUUGUGCAAAAACUGGGUAUUCUGCAAGCAUUACUUUCCAUACCAAACCAUUCUAUGGUGGCAAACUGCACCGAGUCACAGGUGAAGUAAAGCAGAAUGCAACAAACACUGUAGUCUGCAGAGUACAAGGUGAAUGGAAUAGCGUGCUUGAAUUCACCUACAGCAAUGGAGAGACCAAGUACGUGGACUUGACAAAACUGUCAGUGACAAGAAAACGAGUACGGCCCCUAGAGAAGCAAGGACCAUUUGAGUCUAGGCGACUGUGGCAACAUGUAACAGAGUCUCUGAAGGAUGGAGACAUCGAUAAAGCAACAGAGCAUAAGCGAGCCCUUGAGGAACGGCAGAGAAAUGAAGAGAGACUUCGUGCUGAAACAGAGGCACCGUGGAGCACAAAAUACUUUGUUAAAGAAGGAGAUGGCUGGGUGUAUUAUAACCCCCUUUGGAAAACAGUCCCCACCAUACAGACUCAGCAAAUGGACACUAACUAGAUAAUACUCUUCAGGAUGAGUUCCUCUGUUUAUCUAAUCUCUAUCACUCUCAAAACACAGUAAAUAACACUGUGUCUCCUGUUUUUAUAAUUGCACAAAUUCAAAUGACCGUAAAGGAAUAAAAUGCUAGGGCACUUUAAAGGUUACACAUAAUCAAAGGUGUAGAGACCACCUUGCCAGGUAUGUUCACCAACUUGUUUUUGUAUGAUCCAAAAGAUUUUAUCUGAAUUAUGUAAUGUGUUCUUUUAAGCAGGUCCUACUGCAAGCUGCCUAAGAUAUAAACCAUUUGACUUCCUGAACAGCAGAAGUCAGAUGAAAUGUUGUUGCCUCAAUGGCUUUAACUUUGGAGGGACACGGGAACCUUUUUUGAGAAUCUGUGCACUGAGCUCUGUUUAAUAACUCUGAAAUACUCAGUACCCAUGUAAAUGAAAAAAAGUGUUUGCUGCUUGUAUACCCAGUGAUUAACCUCCUGACAGAAAACUGGAGGAGGUUUCAGAAGUUGCACCUGGAAUCAGUGUUAAGAAUCAUCUGGAUUUGACAAGACUUUUUUCCUUCAGAAAGAAUGUAUGCAUGCAUCGGAGGGAUAUGGAGGCUAAGUAGAGACUUACUUUUUUUUUUUAAAGGAUUUAUAAAAUUGAUUGGAAUUGUAACCAUGGAGACAUUUUUCCUCUGAAACAUUUUAGUAUACUUGAAAGAAUUGAAUUGGAAGAAUAAUUCAGAACACUUUUCAGCUCCUAAUUUUAUUAAAUCUCACUUUCUGAGUGACUGUUUAAGAUUUAUUCACAUUGCAAAUGUAAGGAAGUUAAACCUUUUUUUCCCCAAGGACUAAGGCUUUCAAACUGAACAGCAACCAUAAAACAACUGUUGUAUUAAUUUCUUCAUCUCCGUGCAUGUGAUCAUCUUGAAGGUGAAGUGCCAGUGUUACAUGCGGUCCGUUGGAUUGGUUUGAUUUUUCUCCUUUGUAUAUUUGUUCAGAACAAAAAACAAAGCAGUUAAAUGGGACCAUUGAACAUAUGGACUGUGGUUUAGUUUUUUCAUAGUACAUGAAAAGGCUUAUUUUGCUGGAGACUGUGUUUUAAUAUACAUACAAUCAGAUAUCAGGAAACGGUAUUCAGGUACAAACAUCCUUCAUUUUUUAUAGUAUAAGUAUUUUAUUGAAGUCUAAGAAUUGCUGGCAAUUAAGAAUAGUACUGAUUGUCUUUCAUUAUUGUUACUACAAGCUACCUUAAUUUUCCAAGAGUGGUGCCUUACUCUGUUUUUUCUUCUGAUGUUGUCUUCCAAUCAGUGUAUAUAACAUUAUCUGCCAUCACCAGCCGUUGUACAUGGCUUGACCUGUUCCAUCAUAGUGAGAACUCAUAACUGUGUGAUCUGGUAAGAUGUUUCCCAUUGAAGGCAUAAGAAUGUAAGAAGGCAUCAAAGAAAAUUUAAAUAACCAUGUUAACAUUCAACAAAAAACUGUAAAUUGUGUGCAAAAAAAAAAAAGUUUGGGUUUAUGCACAACUACUUUGAUUCCCUUGUACAUUUUGCUGUGAAAUGCACUGAGGUCUGAAUAUAAGUCAUAGUCCAUGUGUGAGGAAAAAUGGGGGGGGAAAUAAAACUAAAAAAUGA